AUGGAAGAGCGCAUGAAGAAGAUGGAGCUGUCGCAGGCGAGAAUUCCGAAUACGAGCGCAUGCGAGGCGCUGUCGACAGCGGUAUGUUCGGCUCUAUGCUCAGCGCUGACUUCGCAGGCAAUCUACAGCGAGACUCUCUCUACUGGUCGGACUUGCGAAGUCAUUAAGCGCCGCGUCCUAUUAUGGAUAGGCUUGACAGGUUUAUGUCAAGGUCUCAUCAAGAUGUGCCGCAACGCGCACUGCCACCGCCUCGCCCACCUGUUCCAUACCCGUAUCAACCGCAGACUUAAUCUCCGGUUCAAGCUCCUACCACGUCUCAGUAUCAAACGCCUGACGCGGGGCAGAACUUUCUGGCGACAGGUGGACAUGGCCCAAGCGUUGUGCGGUUUUCUAUGGACAGAGAACGUCAAGACUGACGUUCUGGGGCAGUACUUGACGGGUACUGCGGAGCGGUACUUCAACAAGCAAGUCGACACUUGGUGA